AUGUCUGAUAAAACGAAUAAUGAUGAUCGGCAUGAUAUUUAUGCCGAAAUUGAAACUGUUAAAGUUCCAUUUGAUGUUGCUCAAUGUGAUGGUGACUUAAUGUAUACUUAUUUACCAAAUUGGAUUAAUAGUCUUACUGAUGAACAAUUACGAGCUCCACCAAUGUCAGCUAAUGUAUUCCAACAAUAUAUUCGUCAUUCUCACCUUGAGGCUACAAUGGCUAACAGUGUUCGAAAAAUGGCUUUAAAGUAA